AUGACAAUAAUGGUUAUCCUUACUUGGUUGAUACCCCUACUCACAGCAUCGUUACCGGGUAUAUUCGGACUUGUGGAACUCGGGUACGACUUCCAGUAUAAAUUCUGCACUUUUGUUGAUCGCAACAACAUGGCAUUGUGGUAUGACUUUAUCAUAGUCUUCACCAACUAUCCCAUCCCACUCAUAAUUUUGAUUGGAAGUUACUAUCAAAUUUACAGGCAUAUAAAAAGACACUCGGCAAGACAGGCCGCACAUGCCACCAAUGCGGCGUGGAAGACGGGAACGGGGACCAGACAGCAGAGCGGGAACCAGCUACAAAUGGAGAUAACCAAGAACACUUUCUAUAUCGUGUGUGCCUUCAUCUUAUGCCUAACACCAUACUCUGUUUGCAUUCUUGUGGAUACCCUCAAGCCAGCAGUCCCGUAUGCCGUCACUGUCCUCCUUCUAAACAGUUGGAUCAACCCGAUCAUCUACGCCACUAAGCACCCGCACUUCAAGACCGUUUUCAGGUCCAUAUUUCUCUGCAAGUGUACGGAGAUACCCGAAGCAGCCGAUUUCAUUCGGGCCAUAAGGGCAAAGUCUUCGGUUGAUUUCACGUGUGACCUUCAAUAUGAAAAAGCCAAAGUGACCACUCUGAAAGUUUGAUGCGUCGUACUUUUUUUUGACAAACUGGGCAAUAAAAUUCAUCGCAUCAGGACAAA